AUGAUCGCCAAGACUUUGGUCUUUGUUUGUGCCGCUUUCGGUCUCGUUGCCGGUUCCUGCGUCGAAUUCAGAACCCAAAAGCAAUCCCCAUGCCAACUCGUUUCCGUUGAAGCCACCCCAGUUAUGUCCGCCCCAGUUAUGUCCGCUCCAGUUAUGGCCAACCCAGUCAUGACCUCCCCAGUUAUGACCGCUCCAGUUAUGCCAGCUCAACUCGUUUCCACCCCAUCCUGCGCCACCAACCAAGUUUUCGGUAACGACGUUACCGUUGGUCAAUUCUCCAACGUUCAAUCCGUUGUCGGAAACAACUUUUUCUCCACCGGUUCCGACUCCAACGGUAACAACAACGUUGUUCUUUCCUUUGACGGAAACAACGGUAACAACGUUAACAACGGACUCGUCGGAGUUUUCGGUGAAGGAAACACCAACGGACCAGAAACCGCUCCAUUGCCAGUCGUUCAAGCUCCAGAUGUCACCCUCCCAACCGUCGAAUCUCCAAUGGUCACCCUCUCCGCUCCAGCCGUCCCAGCCCCAAGAGUUCUCGCUUCCAGAUGCGUCUGCACUAAGACCGUCGUCAAGCCACAAGUUUACCAACGUGUUGUCACCGUUCCAAAGGUCCAACGUUACUUCAAGAGAACCGUCACCCCAGUCGUCGAAAACCUCGUCUACAAAUCCAAGCCACUCACUGCUUCCAACAACGACAACGCCAACGCUGUUUCCUCUGGUGCCGUUUCCUCUGGUUCUGGACUCGUCUCUGGAUCCGGUCUCGUCUCUGGAUCUGGACUCGUCUCUAGAUCUGGUUUUGUUAACUCUGGCUCUUCUUCCGUUGUUGUUCCUGGAAACUCCUCUCCAGUUUACUCUACCGGUUCCUCUUCCAACUGCAGAGUUUGCUAA